AUGGCGCUUAGCGACGCAGAUGUUCAAAAACAGAUCAAGCAUAUGAUGGCCUUUAUCGAACAAGAGGCUAAUGAAAAGGCUGAAGAAAUCGAUGCUAAGGCCGAAGAAGAAUUCAAUAUUGAAAAGGGUCGUCUUGUGCAACAACAGCGGCUCAAGAUCAUGGAAUACUACGAAAAGAAGGAGAAACAGGUUGAACUUCAGAAAAAGAUCCAAUCAUCGAACAUGUUGAACCAAGCUCGUCUGAAGGUGCUCAAAGUGCGUGAAGACCACGUACGUAAUGUCCUAGACGAGGCCCGUAAGCGCCUGGCUGAGGUACCGAAGAACACCCAGCUGUACAAUGAACUGCUCGUGACAUUGAUUGUCCAGGCUCUAUUCCAGUUAAUGGAGCCAGCAGUAACACUCCGCAUCCGACAAGUCGACAAGGAUUUGGUGGAAUCCGUGAUCGGUCAAGCCCAGAAUGACUAUAAGAACAAGAUUAAGAAGGAUGUUCAGCUGAAGAUCGAUUCCGAAAACUUCCUGCCGGCUGACACAUGCGGUGGUAUCGAACUCAUCGCCUUUAAGGGACGCAUCAAGAUCAGCAACACCCUGGAGUCGCGACUGGAGCUGAUCGCCCAGCAGCUGCUGCCCGAGAUACGUACAGCCCUGUUCGGUCGUAACCCUAACCGUAAAUUCACUGAUUAA